AUCAUGUCCAAUUUUCUUCAGAGUUUCUCCUAUCAUGUGCCAUUUAUCUUCUUGUCAUCCUUUAAUCCUUCAAAAGAGAAUUCUUUAUCCAGAUAAAUUAAGAUGAGAGUCUCUUUUUAUUUAUAUCCAUUUCCCUUUUGUCUAGAUAAUCUUUGUUAGAUAAUUUGAGAUUCAUGUACCUUUUUAGCAAAAGUUUCCUGAUGAUACAACAUUUGAGACAGAAAUGGCUACUGAGUCAAGCAAUAUUAGGAAUUUGAUAUGUAAACAUGUUAAAAAUUCUUUACAAUUUUCCUUCACUUUUGCCAAGAAACAUCCAUUUAUUUCAUGCACUUUGUUAUUCUUCAUCCUUUUUUUGGCUCUUUCACCAUCAAUCACCUGGUUUUUCAUUUAUUCCCUACCCCUUUUGUUAUUUUUCACUAUUCUUCUUAUAGUCUUUUUUAGCAUCCCAAAUUUUAAACACUUCGAACGAGAUGUUGAUUCGAAACCUUCUAGGAAUAUCAGUCAUGUUGAUAAAGAUCACGAUGAUGAUGAUGUCAUUGACAAUAAACAAAAGGCUUUUCUUCGAGCUAGAUCUGUUAGGCGAAGAAAAUCCAAGAAAUGUAUAGAAAAUGGCGCUGAGGAAUUUAUGCAAGGUGCAUCAUUUCGAAUACCUUUUAGUGAUCAUGAUUUUGUCGACAAAGGUGCGUUGGUAGAAGAAAAAUUGAAAGAUAUUCGAGAGGUGGAAGUGCAUUCGAUAAGUGAUCGUGCUGAAUGCUCUUCCAGCUCAAGUAUUUUCAAGAAUUCAAGGCCUCCUGCUUAUUCGGAUUGCUCUUAUGAAGCCAAUGGAAAAUGUUUUAAAUCUUUUAGUAGUAUGUAUGAGAGAAGAACAGAAUGUUUUGGUGAUCAAACAGAAUAUGAAGGGGCAAGAAAUAAGGUUGUGCAAUGGAAAGAUGAUGAUGAAAAGAAUCUCAUGGAUCUUGGACUUUCUGAGAUUGAAAGGACUAAAAGAUUGGAAAGUUUAAUGGCAAGACGACGAGCACGAAAGAUGCUUAGCCUCCAGGUUAGAAGAUCACUGAUGAAUAUAGGGUGCAAAGAAACAUUUGCUCCAAUUUCCUCAAUUUUAAUUCCAAAGAACAAAGAAUCAACUAGUCCAUUUUCACCUACCCCGGGUUCGGCCCCUUCAAUUUUGGGACCAAAUCGGAAUCCUUUUGACCUUCCAUAUGAUCAACAUGAAGAGAAACCUAAUGUCAGAGGUGGAAGUUUUAUGCAAGAGUUCAUGUCAGCUCAAGAACAGAAGGAAUUGAUGUUAUCCAGGCAUGAAAGCUUCCAAAUAGGGGCUUCAUUUCCAGGGGAUUUAAACCAUGAUCAAUGCGAACGAACUCUUCGCUCUGAUCUUCCAUCCGGGCAAAGGUUUCCGGAGGCAUCCGAAAGUUCCAAAUCGAGACACCGAUUAGGUAGGGAAGAUAAUGAUAGAAUAGCCGAAGAAGUACCAUCUCAAGCAUCUGAACUGGAGAUGAACCCGGCGAAUAAAGGAGAUCAUGGUAGGGAAGGUCAGGAUAAUAAUCAGGAUGAAAAAGACAAUAGUGAAGUACAGAUAAAGUCAGUACUAGUGGAAGACAUUAGCAAUAGGACAAGUUCAUCGUCUUCUUCAGAAGACGAUAAACCAUUCUAUAAGAUAGACAAAGAUGCAAUCUUGAAGUCUAUUGCUUCUCCUGCUCUAAGGAACUUAUCAAGUGAUCCGUCACAUUCCGGUUCAUCCUUGUUGGAGAACACGAGAGAGGAAGACGAACGGAUUUACUAUCCAAAUCGUCCCAUGCAUCGCGCUCCCGGCCAGUCUAUUGAUUCUGACUUGCAAGUGGAGGUUUCUGAAGUCGGUUCACCUCUGUUGACAAACGAUGGGAGCUCAUCCGCGGAUGAAGAAAUUUCUAUAGACGGGGAGAUAGAUAAAGCUAUCGCAGAUGAAAACACAACACUGAUGUCUUCAUCUCACCUAGCUAGAGUAGAUGAAAAUGAAUCGAAUUCAAGAGAAGUACGUGAGGUAACCGAACAAGAUAUAGUAGAAUUUGGAUUUUCGAGGUUCCAUAACAUGCCACAUGAUUUUCCAUCAGAACGGACAAUUGGACCAGAUUCCAUCGGUUCAACCUCAUUUCCACCUCCAAGGACAGACAGGAAUCAAGCUAGCCGCAGUUAUCAACAGCGAAGGCCGGAAGGACUUUCUGUAGUUAGUGAAAGAUUUCAAGGUUCAUUAUUACAACCAGAAUUUUCAGUACGACAACUCCCUUUCGCGUCAAAUUCACUUGUCUCACCGACAUCUGUUUUACAACCAAAUUGCUUAGUUGAACAAGGAUCCCCUUCGAAUUUUGAUCAGGUACAAAAUGAUAAUAGGUCAAUGAACAUCUCUAGUGAGAGAUCAGAUUCAAUUGCUUCACAGGAAUCAGAUCUUAGUUUAAGCAAUUCGACAUUACAAGUUUCAGAAUUACCUUCAGAAAUAGAAAAUUCAACUUCCGUCAACGAACAACAUAGCGAAAAUGUGGAAUUUUCAACUAUUGGACAAGGACAUCACUCAUUUGAAGCCUCUAGUACGUCAUCAUCUAAGUCCGUAUCGCAACCAUAUUUUGCAACUAGUUCAAAUUUUGGUCAAGAGAUGCAUUCGGAGGCUCAACAAGUAGGCACAUGCAAUGUAAAAAAUAAUAAGCCAGAUGAAGUACUAACUGCUGAAAGUUGUGAUCCAAGCACUUCUCAGUGCUCAACACUUAAGUUAAAAAAUCCGACAGUGCAAAGUUCAGUUCCACAUUCAGAGACACAGAAGUCUGCAGAAAAUUCAAAAUCUCUCACUUUAAAUAACAUUCGGGAAACACUUCGUGAUAAUACAGUUAGCCAGAGUAUUGAAGAUUUCCAAGCAUCAUCAUCACCGCAAGAUUUGGUGUUCAAACAAGUUCCAAUUGCCUCUACUUCAUCCCUCUCUUCCAACUCUAUGAUUCAACCAAAAUUCUCAGCAAAUGAAAGCUGCUCAAAUUCUGAAGAACAGAAGAGAAUGCAGGAUUCUAUACCUGGAAUUCCAUUGGAGAGAUCUGUCAAUCAAGACUCCAUCAGCUUACAUUCUACGAUUCGAGAAGUCCCUACAGCCUCGAGUUGUACAUCAUCACCAAAGUCUGUACUCGAACCGAAGUCCUCAGCAGGUCAAGGCCCUCUGUUAAACCUUGAUAUGGAGGAGCAAAUAGGUGAAAGUCCAAGUCCAAGAAUGUCUAGAAACACAAGGGCUUCGUUAGUCCAAUCUGUAGCAGACCAACUUCAUCAUGCAGAUGCUAAAACGAGACCAUCCAAUGACGAAGAGAAAUCUCAUGAAGAAUCCACUAACCUCAAUGAUGACAAGAAGCAGGAGGACUUACCCAAAAUGAGCCUCAAAGAAGUUUCUGAAUCUCAUGUAGAAUCACCAAACAAGACCACUGUGGUGUCUUCCAACAACACCACAAAACAUCAAAAGUCAAGUGAUGUUGCAAAUUCUGGUUCCUCUUCAACUAACAAGAAUUAAAAUUUACCACAUGAUCCUAUUAGUGCAAGUGAAGAAACUUCACAAAAGGGUAAUGUUACAGCAGCAAAGGAAAAGAAAAACAUUGAGUCACACAGUGAGAGAACAGACAGUAAAGAAAAGGCUAAAGAUUAAUGAGGGAUAGUUAAGAAUCUUGUUUUUGUUUUUCUUCAGAAAAUGAACAUGUACUUGUUUCUAUGUUGUUCAGACUCUUCAAAAAUGCUGCCAGGUGCAUGUCGGGAUCCCCUAAAAGUAGUACAAUUUUGGAGGAUCUGACACGGUGCGGCAUCAUUUUAGGAGAGCCUGAGCAACAUUUCUUCUUUCUGCAUGGUGGAAGAUUUUCCCAUGAGACUUUUUCUGCCUGUCGGAUCCUCCUAAAGCAUUUUUAAAGGAUUUGACACUAGUGCGGCAACAUUCCGAGCAACAUAGAUUGUUUCUUCUUUCUGCAUGGUGGAAGAUUUUUACCAUGAAACUCCUCAAUCGUGUAACUCAAACUUACCUGUAAGAUAUUGGUGUAUAGGAACUCCAUGAAGUUUGAUGUAUACACAUAGGAGAGCCAGAGGAAAUUCACUGUUGUAUAGUAUUUUAGGAUGUAGUAAACUAGAAUUUAUACAUAAUGACAAAACAUGUUGUAGCAACUUCCCUUAAUUUUUUAUGUUACUAAUCCCACUUCUUAUAGAAAUUUAUAUGCUGG